AUGGCGACCACGCGCGACCGUGGCGCCGGCGCCGGAUCGGCGUCGAGGGUCGGCGACGGGGACGUCGACCUGGGCGAGGGCUGGGACUGGGGCGCCAUCCCGCGGCUCCUCUCCUCCGCCUGCCUCUUCCUCUGCUCCGGGUGGCAUGGAACUGGUAGCAGUCAUAACCUUCCUGGACUUGGUAAUAAUGGACUCAUUCUGUGGGAACAGACUAGGCAGGAGUGGACUGAAAUUAGAAGUCUACGGCCGAAGGUGAAGCAGGUUCGCGAACCAGUGUUGAGUUGGAAUGCAGCAUAUGAGAGUCUGCUUGGAUCAAAUAAGCCAUUUCCUCAACCCAUUCCUCUUCAUCAGCCAGGCCAUGACCCAUUGACCCAUUCAUCAAAACAACUACGGUGCGUGAAUGCCAAGUCGGCAGAAGAAACCGGAUCUGGCAAGGUGCACGUCACCACUCACCAUGUGGCUCCCCAGAGCCAAAAGCCAAAGCGAAGCGUUCAUUGUUCACAGGGUAUACGAGAAGCGCGGGGGAUGGCGUCGUCAGCGUCCGCGCCGGCGUCCAAGGGCCCGCGCUACGCGCCGCCGGAUCCAACGCUCCCAAAACCGUGGAGGGGGCUCAUCGAUGGCAGCACGGGGUACCUGUACUUCUGGAACCCGGAGACCAAGGUUACGCAGUACGAGCGCCCCGUCGCGGCCGUGCCGUCCUCCCCGUCGCAGCCGCCUGGCUACUCCAGGCCCGAUGAGAGACCGAGAAGCAGCGUACCUUCCGAGCAGCGGUCGGAAGCCGCGGUGAGUCGCCCGCAGUAUGUGCCUCCCUCGGAUAACAGGGCAAGGAAUGAUCACUCGGAGCCACGCUCUGCAUCGGGAGUGAACCUUUCACAAAGUGCUCCAUCCACUAAUCAAGUUUCUCAGGCUGCCAAUGGAAGCCAAAUUUCUACAGAAGCAUAUCGUGCUAAGCAUGAGAUUACCAUUGUCGGCAAUGAGGCACCUGCGCCAUUCAUGACAUUUCAGUCCACAGGCUUCCCAUUAGAGAUUCUAAGGGAGGUUCUGCAAGCAGGAUUCUCGGCACCAACUCCUAUCCAAGCUCAGUCAUGGCCAAUUGCUAUAAAGGGCCGUGAUAUAGUAGCUGUGGCAAAGACAGGUUCAGGAAAAACAUUGGGCUAUCUCCUCCCAGGGUUUAUUCUUCUGAAGCGUCUGCAGCAUAAUUCAAGGGAAGGUCCAACGGUAUUAAUUUUGUCUCCAACCAGGGAAUUGGCAACACAAAUUCAAGAUGAAGCAGUCAAGUUCGGCAGAUCUUCAAGAAUAUCUUCUACUUGCUUAUAUGGAGGUGCUCCAAAAGGCCCUCAGCUAAGAGAGUUGGAGCGUGGUGCCGACGUUGUUGUCGCAACUCCUGGGAGAUUGAACGACAUUUUGGAAAUGAAUAGAGUGAGCCUGCGCCAAGUAUCUUAUCUUGUCCUUGAUGAAGCUGACCGAAUGCUUGAUAUGGGAUUUGAGCCACAAAUAAGGAAAAUUGUGAAACAAAUACCACCUAGACGGCAAACUCUUAUGUACACUGCCACAUGGCCAAAAGAGGUUAGAAGAAUAGCGUCGGAUUUACUGAAUAAUCCAGUUCAAGUUAACAUUGGAAACACUGAUCAGCUGGUUGCAAAUAAGUCAAUUACUCAGCAUGUGGAAGUCAUCCCACAUAUGGAGAAAUCAAGACGACUUGAUCAGAUCUUGCGUUCACAAGAUCCUGGAUCAAAAAUCAUAAUAUUUUGUUCCACUAAGAGGAUGUGUGAUCAGUUGGCUAGAAACCUAUCACGGCAGUAUGGUGCUUCUGCUAUUCAUGGUGAUAAAUCACAGUCUGAGAGGGAUUCUGUGUUGAAUGACUUUCGAAGUGGCAGGUGUCCAGUACUUGUAGCCACCGAUGUCGCCGCUCGAGGCUUGGACAUAAAGGACAUCAGGGUCGUGGUUAACUAUGAUUUCCCAACUGGUGUGGAGGACUAUGUCCAUAGAAUUGGGAGGACAGGUAGGGCUGGUGCGACAGGAUCUUCCUACACAUUCUUCGGUGACCAGGAUUCGAAGUACGCUUCGGACCUUGUCAAGAUUUUGGAGGGUGCAAACCAAUCUGUGCCACCACAGUUAAAAGAAAUGGCUCUUCGUGGAGGAUAUGGUGGAAGAUCACGUCGGUGGGCAUCUUCUGAUGACUCUUAUGGUGGUCAGGGAUAUGGUGCUAAAAGAUCAACUGAUAGCUUCAAUAACAGCAGCUUCGGCGACCAGGCUGGGGGUGGUUCAAGCUUUCACUCGAGCUUCCAUAACAGCUCCAGUGGCAAUCAGUUUGGUGAUAUUACGAGCUUUCAUGGCAGCUAUGAUAACAGCAGCCGCAACAAUCAGACGGGUGACAAUGCAAGCUUUCCACCCAGCUCCAGCAACAAUCAGUCUGGGGAUGGUCUCAGUUUUCAUGAAAGGUUCUAUGGAUCACGUGGAAGGGAUCAGAGCAAAACAAGCAAUGAUGGAUUCCGUGCUAGGAGCAGGAGUCCUCCUGGCAAGCCCGUGGGAGUUUCUAAUUGGUGA